AUGAAUUGGUCGGAUAAGCCAAAUAGACUUGCUGGUUGCAAAUACUGUCCAAAGCAAUUGAAGUGUGCAUCUACUUCUGGGACUAGUAGUUUGAGAAGACAUUUGCAAAGAUGUAAAGUAUACCCGUAUAGUGAUGUUAACUUGAAGAGUAAUAGAACUCCUAACGUUCAGGCAACUGGUGUUCAUGGUACUAGCAGUGCAUCUCCCUCUUUUGUAGCUCAAGCAUAUGACCCAACUGUCUCAAGAAUGAAGCUUGCUAGAAUGAUUAUCAUAGACGAGUUAGCUUUUAGACAUGUUGAGCGUGAAGGAUUUCGUGAUUUCGUCUACUCACUAAGACCCGAGUUUCAUAUUCCUUCUAGAAUCACUGUAGCAAAAGAUUGUUUCAAGUUGUUUUUGGCUGAGAAGGAAAAGUUGAAAAGUUUCUUUAAGCAAUCACAAAUCAGAGUUUGUCUAACAACUGAUAUUUGGGCAAGUAGACAUCAUCUGGAUUAUAUGAGUCUCACUGCCCACUUCAUUGACCAUGAUUGGAGGAUGCAAAAAAGGAUUAUCAACUUCUCUUCUAUUCCUAAUCACUCGGGUCAAACAAUUGGGAAGACGGUUGAAAAACAUUUGCUUAGUUGGGGGAUUGAUAGGGUCCUAACUGUAACAGUGGAUACCGCAAGUUCUAAUGAUGUGGGCAUGUCAUAUUUGAAGAAAAGAAUUAACAACUGGAAGGGAAGUGUCUUGAAAGGACAACAUCUCCAUAUGAGAUGUUGUGCUCACAUAUUGAAUUUGACCGUGAAAGAUGGAUUAAAGGAUGUUGAUGAUUCAAUCUAUCGUAUUCGAUCGGCAGUCAGAUAUGUUAGAUCAUCGAACUCUAGGAUGCAGAGAUUUAAAACUUGUGCUCAUGAAGAGAAGUUAGAGACCAAAAAACUUGUAUGUUUAGAUGUGGAGACUAGAUGGAACUCUACUUUCAUGAUGUUGGAGUCGGCUUUGCAAUUUCAAAGGGCAUUUGAGAGGUUAGAGGAGGAGGAUCCCAAGUAUAAAGUUGAGCUUGAGAAGUUGAAAGGGACUCCAAAGGAGUUGGACUGGUCUUAUGUGGAGUCUCUAGUUCCAUUUCUGAAGAUAUUUUAUGAUGCUACAAUGAAAGUUUCGGGAUCUUUGUAUGUCACAAGCAAUGAUCUCUUUCAUGUAGUAUAUGGCAUCGCUUGCAUGCUUAAAAAGGAAACUUCAUCUAAAGUGUAUGGUCAAAAAGUCAUGGCAAAGAGAAUGAAAGCUAAGCAUGACAAGUAUUGGGGCAAUUUGGACAAUAUUAACCCUUUGUUAUUUAUUGCUGUGGUUCUUGACCCGAGAUACAAGCUAGAAUAUGUGGUUUUUGCACUUGAUGAAGUUUAUGGGAAAGAUAAUGGGGGAGAUUGGACCAAGGAGGAGUUGCAUAAUAAGGUGAAGGGUUUUCUCGAUGACAUGUUCAAGAACUAUUCAGAAAUGAGAGGGGUUAUUUGUGGAAGUUCUUCAAGAAGUGGGGGGAGUGUAGAGCCAAAUGACGAGAACGAGGAGUGUGAAAAUGUUGAGGAUUAUCUGAAGAGAAAAUUUAAAAGAAAGAGAAUAGAAGACAGAGCUGGAGAAACUACUAUUUCGGAACUUGAGAGGUAUUUAAAGGCAAACAUUGAGGAUGAUGAGGAUAAGAAUUUUGAUAUCUUAGCGUGGUGGAAGAAGCACUCUAGUGAGUAUCCGAUAUUGGGUUUGAUGGCUAAAGAUGUGUUGGCGAUUCCAGUAUCUACUGUUGCAUCCGAGUCCGCUUUCAGUACCGGUGGACGCGUUCUAGAUGCAUUUCGGAGUUCUUUGACUCCCUUGGUCGUUGAAAGUUUGAUUUGUGGUCAGAAUUGGCUUCGAUCGAGUACUCUUCCAAUUGAUAUGGAAGAGAAGUUUGAGGAAAUUGAAGAACUUGAGCAAGGUAUGAAUUUUAUCAACAAUGUGGUUUUAACACUUUAUCAUUUGUUUAUACUAUUAUUAAUUUAUUUGUGGUUUUGUUAA